ACUAACUUUGUUUCCUUGUACCCGCAGAUCGUUACGUCCGACGGUUACCUAUUCAACUAAAACAAACGGAUCGAACGAACGGACUUAGGAAACAUGCGACUAACUUUUACAUUGAUCUUGCUGGGAAUUUGUAUUCCAUUGCAAGCCAAACCACAACUGUUGGGAGGUGGUGGAGGCUUGCUCGGAACUGGCGUUGGAGGUUCUACCGGUUUGCUAGGAACUGGUGUACUAUCGAGUGGUACCACAAGUGGAUUAUUAGGAACUGGCCUCGGUGCUACUACAGGAGUUCUUGGUUCUGGUAUACUAGGAACGGGAACAACUAGUGGAUUAUUAGGUACUGGUUUAGGAGCAACAACCGGGGUUCUAGGCACUGGACUACUUGGAACAGGAACUACCAGUGGUCUGCUUGGAACAGGUCUUGGAGCUACUAGUGGAGUUCUUGGAACUGGACUACUCGGAACAGGAACUACCAGUGGACUGCUUGGAACAGGUCUUGGAGCUACUAGUGGAGUUCUUGGAACUGGAAUUCUUGGAACGGGGACUACCAGUGGACUGUUAGGAACAGGUAUAGGAGCUACUAGUGGUCUUCUUGGUACUGGUAUUCUUAGUGGAGGUGCUACUACAACUACUGCUGCCGUUACCACAACCACUGCUGCCGCUACCACAACAGCUGUUCCCACCACCACAACGGCUGUUCCCACCACCACAACGGCUGUUCCCACUACCACAACCGCUGCAGCCACGACCACAGUAACAGCAACAACAACGACAACAACGACGACGAUUGCUCCAGCCACAACUACUAACGCACCAACAACGACAACGAUUGCUCCAGCCACAACUACUAACGCACCAACAACGACAGUCACAUCGGCCCCCACAGGAACUGUAACAUUCAACAUUAAUGGAAACAUUAUAACUAUAAAUGCAAAUGAUCAAGCAACUAUAGAUGCUAUCAACGCUGUCCUAGCUGCUUCUUCGACUACUACUGCUAUGAGUACAACAACCACAGCAGCACCAUCCUUUGGAAGCACAGUAUCAUUCAACAUUGGUGGAUCUAUCAUUACUGUUGAUGCUGCUGAUACAGCUACGAUUGCAGCGAUCAUUCAAAGUCUUAACAGUGGAUCGACUUCAUCGACGGCAAUUUCAACCACUUCCGUAUUUCCUGUAACUGCAACAACUACGACAACUGUUGUCACUCCAGUUACGACUACGAGUACUGUGUCAGCUUUGGCGACAACUACAACUUUGGGUUCCGCAGCUACUUCAACUACAUCUAGCACAUCAGCACCCAAUAGCGGAUCGAACUCAAUUUCUAUUAUUAUCAACAUAAACGGACAAUUUAUUUUAAUAUCAGCCUCCAAUCAAAGCUUACUGCUUUUGAUGCAACAAAUUUUGCAGCAAAUUUCAAGCAUAACAACAAUUAAUUCAACAACACAACCUCCAGCCAUUCCAAUUCAACCGACGUCAGCUCCUGUACAAACUAGUGGAGGACGUCCUGGUGGAUGCAUGAGACGCCAUCAGUCUUCUGAGGAAGUUGGAGGCAAUCGAGGACUGCGUGGUGGAUUUGGAUUUGGCAUUGGUAUUCGUGGACCCCUUGGUGGAGGAUUUCAAGCUGGUUUUGGAGGUGGUAUAAGCAACCGAAUGCCUGGAGCUGGUAUCGGUGCUGGCAUUCGACUGCAGGGUCCUUUAGGAGGAAGCAUACAGGCCGGGUUUGGAGCCGGUUUAGGACGUGCCCAUGCCAGUGUAUCUGGUAGAACUCAAGGUGCAAUUGGAUCAGGGUUCCGUGUGCAAGGUCCUCUAGGAGGCGUGGUUCAAGCAGGAUUUGGAGCUGGAUUUCGAGCUGGUGGACAUAGACACGGAUAAUCAAAGUCAUUCAUAGAUAAAAACAAUUCUACUUUUAACUUUUUUCCAACUUAUGUUCAGCAAUAAAUAACCCAUGCAUUAAACCAGUCAUGAAUUGGCAGCCAAACAAAAAA